CGAGGCAACAAGGUGUAAUUUGAAGGCAAACAAAAGAAUUCUAAAAUUGCGGCCAUUUUGGAAUAAGGUGUAUAGCUUUCCACUCCUCUCUGUUCCUCUCCCGACCGCGGCCAUUUGUUUUGAGUGCGGGGUAAUUUGCAUAGCCAUACAUAAAGUAUAUACUCGCACCAAGUUUCGUAGUCAUCACAAAGGUCAUCAACAUGGUCUCUUGCAGGCAAAUUUGUGAUGGCGUCCUUACGACCCUGUUUGAGUACGAUACAGCCAAGAUAGUGCAUAUAAAAAGCAAAAAGGUUGGACUUAUCAAUCGGCUGAUACAACUGGUUAUUAUUUUGUACAUUAUAGGAUAUGUGAUUGUUUAUGAAAAAGGAUACCAGGAGUUUCAGAAGCCUUACAGUUCUGUGACAACAAAAGUGAAGGGACUAUCACUCACAAACUUAACAAACAGCAGUAAUCCACUGGCACUGUAUGGAGGUGUGCAUGUCUGGGACUCAUCUGAUUUUGUCAUACCCCCAGAGGAAGAUAAUGCUGUGUUUGUAAUGACAAACAUGAUAAUCUCUCCAGACCAAAAACAAGGCACAUGCCCUGAGGACCCAAAUUUUGAAGGUGUAAAGUGCACCAACGACAGUGACUGUACACCACUUGAACCUGUUCCAAAUGGCAAUGGGAUUAAGACUGGAAAUUGUGUAAAGGCUGACAGAGGACAAGGCCAUGUUUGUGAAAUCUAUUCUUGGUGCCCUGUGGAGAUAGAUGAACUUCCUAUGCAAGGCUUUAAUUUGAGGGAAAAUGUUCCUCUUUUAGAUGCUGCCAAGGAUUUCACAGUGCUGAUUAAAAACAGUGUACAGUUUCCCAAGUUUGGUGAAGCUCUGAGAAACAUCCAAACUGAUAAUGCAACCUACUUAAAGACCUGUAAUUACAAUCCUGACACUGAUCUCCUGUGUCCCAUAUUCAAGCUUGGGAAGAUAGUUGAACUGGCACAUGUUGACUUUGACGAUAUAGCUUACAAGGUAAACUUUUACAUUCUAGGGGGAUUCCCUGAAGGGUACUCUCCGUUGUGUAUAGAGAAACUCAUGAGAAGUUUAACUGUGUAACUACCCCUUGUGCCCUUAAAGACAGGCUUCCAAUUGUUCAGUUUUGUUAAUUACUAUAUUCAGAAAAUCGAGAGAUAAAAUCAAGUAUUCAAACAAUUACCACUGCCUGCACUAAGUCAUGUACCUCACAUAUCAAAAUUCAAAAUUUUUGCGCAAAGAAUUUCCAAAGAUCUUUCUCUUUGCAGAUACAGUUUGUAGUAAUUUUACAGCAUAUACAAGCUCGUGCUACAUGCAUGUAGAUGUUGAACACAUUUUGUGACAAGUUGAAAGAUGUUAAAUUUGGUUGAAUUCUGUCUAUUGUCAUCAGUACUUUGGAGAAUUUCACCUAGAUUCUCAAUGAUUUUCUUUAGUUUCUUCGAGACAUUAACAACAUAAAGGUCAGAAUUCAGGUAUUAACUCAGCACUAAACCAAAAAUAUUGCAUAAAGGUGUAUUCUUCAACUCUUCACGAUUCCAAAUAUGGUACUUAAGUAAUAAA